UCAAAAAUUUUUUUAUCGCGUAACUGUAAACCAAAACAUGAGAAAGGAGCUUGAAAAGGAGGUGUUAACUAUUGAGGCGUUGAUGUUGUCAGUGAGAGUAACUGACAACCAGAGAGUUGCGUCCAUUCCGAGGGCAUUAUUAAGUAUGAAAUCAUGUGAUUGACACUAAGAUAGGUAAUCAUUAUCAGGUGAAACUGCCCUCGAAAAUAAUGGUCGUAAAUCGAAUUAUGCUAACAUUUUUAUAGAUGCUGUAAAAAAUUGACUGUCAGAAGAGUAUUUGCAAUGGCAUGGCAACCAAAGGACACUAAACUUCAAUCAUGGUAUACUAUUUCAAGGCUAAAGCAGAAGAAAAUGAUGAAAAUCAAGAAUAUAACGACUUUGGUGCCGAUAUAGCUGACGAAGAUGAUGCUGACUCUAGAGAAUAUAUCAUAUAUAUGGGUAAAGAUAAAAUUGAAAAUGAUCCAUUAAUUAAACAUUCAAAUAAGAAGAAUAUCUGGUUUCAUGUAGAUAAUCAUUCAUCAGCUCAUUUAUAUUUACAAAUCACAAAGGAUGAACAUAUCAAUUUCAAAUCAUUUGAUAAAUUCGUUAUCAAUCCAUCUAUCUUACAACAAGUUUGUCAAUUAACUAAAGCCAAUUCAAUUAAAGGAAAUAAAUUAAAUAAUGUAACUGUCAUUUAUACUCCAGUAGAUAAUUUACAUACCGAUGGUUCAAUGGAUAUAGGGACAGUUACAUUCAAGAACGCUAAACAAGUCAAACGUCUUAAAAUCACUAAACGAGAAAAUGCCAUUAUAAAUAAAUUAAAUAAAACCAAAUAUGAAAUAUCAAUUGAUGAGUUUAAACAACAACAAGUGACAUUUGAAAAGGAUAUUGAGAAUGAAAGAAGAAGAUUGGAAAAGGAACAAGAACAAUUGAAUAAAAUAUAUGAAAAGAAUCGUAAGGAUAAAUUAGAUCCUUAUGCUGAUUUAUUUACUGAAGAUAAUGUUAAUCAAAGUAGUAACGAAUAUAGAAAUGAAAAUUGGGCUGAAGAUGAUUUCAUGUAACAUCUUACAUCUACUAGAUUACAACUUGUAUAUACAAUAAAACAAAAGAAACACAAUUUAUAUAUAUUUAACGUAUUUGUUCAUAUAGAUUAUAUGUAUAGCUCUUUCUUUGGGAGAUUAUUCUGUUAUUCGUUAUAAAUUUUUUUUUG